AUGACGAUUAAGUUAGUUAUUGGGGGUUGUACUUUGAACGUGUGUAGUAUUUAUGUGCCUCAGGUGGGCUUGGAUGGGGAAGAGAAGAAGCAAUUUUGGGAGGCUUUGGACGAGGUGGUAAGAAGCGUGCCUAGCUCUGAGAAGAUUGUUGUAGUAGGGGAUUUUAAUGGUCAUAUCGGGGUAGUACCGGAGGGCUAUGGUGAUGUGCAUGGGGGCUAUAGUUUUGGGGAGAGGAAUGAUGAGAGAGUUGCUUUAUUAGAUUUUGCGAUUGCCUUUGGGUUGGUAGUAGUGAAUUCGAGCUUUUCAAAGAAGGAGGAUCACCUGGUCACCUUCCGAAGUGCAAUAGCUAAGACGCAGAUUAACUUUCUGCUGCUUCAUAAGGGGGAUAGGGUGCUGUGUAAGGAUUGUAAAUUCAUACCGAGUGAGAACCUUUCGACCCAACACAGGGUGAUGGAUUUGGGCUUAAAGAAAGAUAUGAAGAAUAAGGGAGAGGAGAGGCGUCUUAGAGUUAAGUGGGGGGCUUAA